AUGACAAAUAAUAAGAACCCCAAUUAUAGUUUGUGGGUUGGAAAUAUCCCUUUUGAUAUCACAGAAAAUGAAUUAUAUGAAAUUCUAAGUAAAGUAGGUGUAGUAAAAAAUGUUAGAAUAAAAUAUGAUGUUGAUAAAAAUAUAAGUAAAGGAUUUGCAUUCUGUGAAUACAAAGAUGUAGAAACUUGUUUAUUAGCAUUUAAAUAUAUUAAUGGUUAUGAAAUUAAAGGAAGGAAAUUAAAAGUUUUUUGGGCUAAUGAAGAAUAUAAAGAUAAAUAUGGAAAUCCAACAUCACACAAUAAUAAUAAUAAUGAUAAUGAUAAUUUAAAAGGUAAUAAUUUAUGUGAUAAUAAUAUAAAAAAUAUUAUCUCCAAUAAUAAUAAUAAUAAUAAUAAUAAUAAUGUGACAUUAUUUAAUACAAAUAAUUUAUUUAUGAAUAACUCCAAAAAUUUAAUAAAAAAUAAGCAUGAUAAAAAAAAAGUUCGAUUUAUAUUUAAUGAAGAUGAUACAAAACAAGAAAAAGAUUUAACAAACAUACAUAAUGAAAAUAUAUUAAAUAAUAAAACAGAUAAAUCAAAUAUGAUUUUAAGUGAUAUAAACAAUGAUAAUUUUAUAAAAGUAAAUAUUUCUAAUAUUGUUCAUACACUCACAACCUCACAAAUUAUUUAUAUUCUCUCAUAUUUUAAAAAACUUGCUUUAAAUAACGGACAAGAAUUAAAAUAUUAUUUACAAAAAAAUAAAAAUAUUACAUACGCCUUAUUACAUAGCUUAUUUAUUCUAAAUAUAAUUAAUGACCAUAACGACAUGGAUUCUUUAGAUGUAUAUGCGAAUUAUGAUUCGAUCUUAAACAAGAAAGAGAGAAUUAUGCAGAUGCAUUUGAGUAAUAUAUCGUUAGACUAUAAGAAGAAUGACAUAAACAAAAGAGAAAGGACUCUUAAGGGUAAAAAUAAUAAUAAUAAUAAUAAUAUGAUGGCUCAAGUGGGUUCCAAUAAAUAUUUUAUGGGUCAUAUGAAGGAGGCACAAUCGACAGGCGUAUACAAAAUGGAUAAUAUUAAUAAUAUGAAUAAUAUGAAUAAUAUGAAUAAUAUUGAAAAUAUUGAAAAUAUUGAAAAUAUGAAUAAUUUGGAUAUUACAAACCAGAUGAAUAAUAAUAAUAAUAAUACAGACCAUAAUAAUAAUAAUAAUAAUAUUGUGGUGAAUAAAUCCUUUAAGAGUAAAAAGAAAGAACAAAAUAAUUUUUUAAAAUCCAAAUGUGCAACAUCAUCCACUCUUUAUAACAAUAAAAAAAAGUUUAUACACAAUUCUGAUAGCAUGAAUAGAUCAAACUACUAUGAUAAAGGAAUGAAUAAUAUAAACAAUAGAAAAGGUAGUAGUUUUAUUAGUACUAAUAAUAGUAACUUAAGUCUUUAUAAUAACAUGAGGAAGAAGAAGAAAAAAAAAAGAGAUUAUAAAAAUGCAGAAGGAAGUAAUAAAAAUAAUGAUAAUCAUAAUUUUUCUCAAAGAGAUGAUUACAGUAUAUAUAAGAAAAAAAAAUUAUAUAAUGAUAAGGAUUCUAUUGGAGAUAUUAUAAAUGACGAUAUAUAUAAUAUGAAUAAUAUGAGUAAUAUUAAUAAUAUGAAUAAUAUGAGUAAUAUACCAUCCAAAGGAUUAUAUCAAAACGUAUUUCAUGCAAAUACAACAACAAAUAAUGAUAAUAGAAAAAAUGAACAAUUUUUAGAUGAAAAUAAUUAUGAUGAAAAUAAUUAUUGUAAUAUAAAAAAUAAUGUGACAUAUGAUCAUAAGAUCAAUGAUAUUGCAGAUUAUAUGUAUACACAAGAUAAAAAAAAUAAUAUUCAUAAUAUGAAUAAUUUAUAUCCCCUUGAAAAAAAUAAAACAAACGGAAAUAUAAUUAAGGAUAUGAAAAAGAAAGCAAAUAAAACGGUAAAUACAAAUAUGUCUAAGGAUACCAGUAAUAAUAAUAUUAAUAAUAAUAAUAAUAAUAAUAAUAAUAAUGCUCAUAUGAAUCCUACAUUAUAUAAAAAUAAUCAAAAUAAUGAACACGUUGUAUUAGAUGAUAUAUAUUCAAAUAUAGAUUUACCAGAUGAAGAAUUAGUCAAUGAGGUUAUAAAAAAUACAGACAUAUUAAAUAAUAUUUUGAAAUCAAAAAUAGAAAAUAUGAAACUCUGGAAUAAUGAACAGAGAAUACAAGUGUUGUCAAUACAAAAGGCUUUACAAUUAAAAGGAUACACAUUGAAAUGA